UCACACCUUAUCUUCAUCUUCUUCUCAGUCUUACUCUCUACUCUCCAAUGGCGGACCCAAAAGAAGUUAACUCAAACAGUUCAGGAAAUGAGCUCAACCCAGAAGAGGAAUACGACGACGACGAAGAAGAAGAUGAUGAAGAAGAAGAAAUUGAAGAAGAAUCUUCUUCACCUUCUGAAUCGGACGAGUCGUCCGAUUCUGAGUCGGAAAACGAAAAGGGUUUCCGACCAAUUACUCGUUCGGGUGAACCCGACACAGAUGAUGAAGAAAAUAUUACUCCAGAAGCAAAUGUGAAGCGUUUUAUGAGAAUCCUCAAUUCGAAAAGCAGGAAGAAGGAGUUAGAUGAGGAAGAAAAAGGGUAUACUUAUCAUGAAGAUUUGUUUGAUUUUCCUUAUGACCCGGAAAAUUGGAGGGAAGAGGAUUUGAAAGAGCUAUGGGGAGAUGCUCCGAUUGAGAUGACGAAACCCGGUUGGGACCCGAAUUGGGUUGAUGAAGAAGAAGAUGAUAUUAUUGGGGAAGAAAUUAAAGCGGGUCGAGACCCACCAAUUGCCCCGUUUUAUGUACCAUAUAGGAAACCAUAUCCUGUGAUACCUGAUAAUAACUAUGAUAUUUCGAAUCCGAAAUCUGUGAUUGAAGAGUUUGAUAGGAUUGAGGAGUUCUUGAAUUGGGUUAGCUUCAUUUUUGCUGAUGGUAGCACGUAUGAAGGCACCGUUUGGGAUGACUUGGCACAUGGAAAAGGUGUUUAUGUCGCUGAGCAAGGGCUGGUCAGGUAUGAAGGUGAAUGGCUUCAAAACAACAUGGAAGGUCAUGGAGUAGUUGAGGUUGAGAUACCCCACAUAGAACCCAUCCCAGGAUCCAAACUUGAAGCCAAGAUGAGAGCUGAAGGCAAGAUUAUAAAGAGAGACUUCAUGUCCCCAGAAGACAGAGAAUGGCUGGAGAAGGAUAUUGAAGAUGCUGUGGAGCUAACAAGCGGAAGUUAUGAAAUUCCUUUCUAUGAGAAUGAUGAAUGGAUCAGGCAAUUCGGCAAGAAACCGGAGAAGGGGCGAUAUCGCUAUGCUGGCCAAUGGAAGCAUGGGAGAAUGCAUGGUUGUGGUUUAUAUGAAGUUAAUGAACGCACAAUUUACGGUCGUUUUUAUUUUGGAGAACAUGUGAGGGAUACUUAUGGAUGUGAUGCAGAAAUUUCAGCGAUGCAUGCAGGUAUAGCUGAAGUUGCAGCUGCUAAGGCCCGGAUGUUUAUUAACAAGCCUGAUGGAAUGGUGAGAGAAGAGAGAGGCCCCUAUAGUGAUCCUCAACAUCCAUAUUUAUAUGAAGAAGAUGAUGUGUGGAUGGCACCAGGUUUCAUCAACCAGUUUUAUGAAGUUCCCGAUUAUUGGAAAGCAUAUGUGCAUGAUGUGGAUGAAGAGAGAGAAAUGUGGUUGAACUCAUUUUACAAAGCUCCUUUGCGAUUACCUAUGCCUGCAGAACUUGAACAUUGGUGGUCCAAAGAUGAAAAGCCGGAGUUUGUUUUACUUAACAAGGAACCAGAACCUGAUCCUGAAGAUCCUUCUAAACUCGUAUAUACUGAAGAACCUGUCAUCCUGCACACUCCGACUGGAAGGAUUAUCAACUAUGUGGAAGAUGAGGAACAUGGGGUACGAUUGUUUUGGCAACCUCCUGUAAAAGAGGGUGAAGAUGUCGAUCCUGAUAAAGUUGAAUUCCUUCCCCUAGGAUUUGAUGAGUUUUAUGGGCGAGGUGGGGCUGUCAAAUCAGAUAAUGUGUGGAAGCGGUUUGUUACCUCUGUGGAAAAUGCAUGCAAACCGAUGUUUGACAAGCUUGAGAAAUGGACUGAAGAGAAGAAGAAAGCAGGUGAGAUGAAGAUAGAGCUGUUGAAAAAAGAGUUAGAAUUAGCAGAAGCUGAAUUGUCUCUGAAGGAAGCAUUGGAAGACAUGGAUGAUGAAUUAAAAAGAAUGCAAGAAGAGGAGGAAAAGAAAGCCGAAAUGGGAACCCAAGAAGAAGAUGAUAUUGUACCUUCUGAACCAACAGAUAAACUUGAGAAAACUUGGACGGAAAAGAAGGAAGAUGAGGAGGAGGACGACGAGGAGGAAGACGAAGAGGAGGUUACUGCAUCAAGUUUUGGAUCUGUAGACAAUCAAAGCUCAGCUAAAAGUGAUAAGAAGGAUAGCAAAUCUGGAAAGGCUCCAUUUGGAGCAUCCUCUUUGUCAUUUGCUGCCUGUAGUCUGGUUCCCACUGUGCCACCUAAGCUACAACAUACAUUUACGGCUUGGAAGGGGAAGUUGAGGCCUAAGCCGUCAUCUCCAUUGUCCAACGCUCCAUCUAAUGUUCAUGAAUUUCCAAAGGAGCCACACACUCCAGCCUCAAUUACCUUCCCUUAUGCUAUUGCGCAAAAUGGAAGAUUAAGAGCUGUGAGUCAAGCAUGGUGGCCAGUGAAGUACAUCAGCAAGUCGGGUACCAGAAAACACUCAAAGCAGAAGACGUCUUCACAAAUCCUAGGAUAUCAAGGAGAGCUUUGCUUCAACAUAUUAUCAUUACACACACCAUUACCCUUGUAGUGAAGCUAAUUUUUCCUUCCUCUUCCUCUCCCUUCUCAUUCAUUGAUGAAAAACUUCGAUCAAUUUUGCAGUGCAGCGGUGAAUUGUUUGAUUCGAGCUAGGCAUAUCCAUGUCAUACAUUUUUUCCACCAUGGUUGGUGAUUGUAACAUGGAAUUGUUCCUCUUUGUUUAUUUGUAACAUGUAUUAUUCUCAUCAGUAGUAGUUGUUCUUAUCAUUGCAGUC